AUGAACAACCUAUCAGAUGUUUCUGGAAGCAUUCUACUGAGGUGCAGUAUGACAGGGCAUCAUGACUUCAUCUUCACCUACAUUCCUGUGGUCUAUAGCUUCAACUUUGUCAUUGGCAUUGUUGGAAACAGCAUGGUGGUAGCUGUUAUCCACUACUACCUGAAACUGAAGACGGUGGCCAACAUUUUUGUUUUGAACCUGGCAGUAUCUGACCUCACCUUCCUCGUCACCUUGCCCAUAUGGGCCACCAGCACCGCUACACGCUACAGCUGGCCCUUUGGUAGCUUUCUAUGCAAAGCCACAGCUGGCCUGUCCCUCUUCAACCUUUACACCAGCAUAUUUUUCCUCACUGCCCUCAGUAUUGAUCGCUACUUGGCUAUCGUGUAUCCGGUGCAAUCACGACAAUGUCGUACAGUGGCUUACGCCCGCAUGAUCUGCGUCUUAAUCUGGACCAUUGCAUUUCUUCUCAGCAUACCCACAACCCUAAUCCGUGACACCAUCCACAUCAAGAACACCAACACUACCGUCUGUGGCCUCCUGACUAACGACAGUCAGACAAACAGGGUUCAGCAUAUGCUGGUGGCUCUAAGCUUGAUGAAGAGCAUCGUUGGCUUCCUGGUACCUCUGAUCAUCAUCCUCACUUGCUACUGUCUGAUUGGCAGAGCCUUGCUCAGUGCCCGUGGCAUCCAGAGAAGCACCAGGUCCCAUGGAGAUGAGGUGCUUAACAUGUUGGCAUCAGCUGUGUUGUGUUUUUUCUUCUGCUGGGCACCGCAUCAGAUCUUCAGCUUCAUGGACAUGCUUCUAAUGCUAAAGGUGAUUAAUGACUGCCACAUAAUGGAUGUUAUUGACACGGCCAUGCCUUUUACUAUUUGCAUAGCCUUCUUUAAUAGCUGCAUGAACCCGAUACUCUACAGCUUUGUGGGGAAGAACUUCCGUAGGGGGUUACUGAGACUUCUCAGAUGUUUGGGACCCACCCCUGCAGCUUCCCACCCCAGUCUCAGCACAAAAAUGAGUUCCCUCUCCUACCGCGCAUCAGAGACUGUGCACCUUACUGUGGGCAAAACAGCCUCUUUGCCCCGAACCACAUGA